GUAACACCUUCUCCUGCUUCGGCUCCAUGUACCUCUUCUGGUACCUAAUGCGCUGGAUGAUCUCCCCCAGCCCAGAAACCUACAACUCAAUCCCCGAAUGGUUCCGCCCCACGCCCAACCAACUCUUCAUGCCGCACAUCAACAUCGUCGACUUCAUCGUCUGGCCCGCCUUCCGCGAACUCGUUACCCAGAUCCCGGCUAUGCAGGAGCGCAUGGAGUGGCUCAUGGAUAUGAGUUUGAACAUCCAGUGCGACUGGAGCUUUGCGACGGACCAGGCGCUGUGUAGUAAUGAAGAGACGGGCCAGGUGGAUCUGUGCGAUGCGGCGAGGGAUGUGGUCAGGGAAUUGGCGAGUUGGAGUCUGGGACCGAGUUUUAGGGGAAGGGUUGCGACGGUAGGACGAAUUGGCUCUGAUCGCUAA